CUGGUAUGGCAACGCGAACUUCGUGUAAAAUGGACAGAGCAAGGAAGUGGCUCGGACUCAGUAUAUCUUUAAGUUGUUGCUUAAUGAUGAACCUCGUUACGGCUGUGUUAUCUGGGAGCAGCAGGCCACCCAGCAAAGGCCAAGAAGGCAGCCUCUCGGACAACUUGCUUCUGCAUCUGCGAAUGAAGAGGAGCUGGGUGUGGAACCAAUUCUUCGUUUUGGAAGAAUACACUGGAACGGAUCCUUUGUAUGUGGGAAAGUUGCAUUCUGAUAUGGACAGAGGAGAUGGAUCCAUCAAAUACAUACUGUCGGGAGAAGGAGCAGGCAUUGUGUUCACCAUUGAUGACGCAACUGGAGAUAUCCAUGCCAUUCAGAGGCUGGACCGGGAAGAGAGAUCCCAGUAUACUCUGAGGGCUCAAGCCUUGGAUAGACUGACUGGCAGGCCAAUGGAGCCGGAAUCUGAAUUUAUCAUCAAAAUCCAAGAUAUCAAUGACAAUGAACCCAAGUUCCUGGAUGGACCAUAUGUUGCUUCGGUACCAGAAAUGUCACCAGUAGGCACCUCUGUUAUCCAAGUGACAGCAACAGAUGCUGAUGAUCCUACCUAUGGGAACAGUGCCAGGGUAGUCUACAGCAUUCUCCAAGGACAGCCAUAUUUCUCUGUGGACUCCAGAACAGGCUUAAUUAGGACAGCACUAAUGAACAUGGAUAGAGAAGCAAAAGAAUAUUAUGAAGUGAUUAUCCAGGCCAAAGAUAUGGGCGGACAGCUGGGAGGAUUAGCUGGGACGACCACAGUCAAUAUUUCCCUGUCUGAUGUCAAUGACAACCCACCCAGAUUUCCACAGAAACAUUAUCAGAUGAGUGUUCUGGAGUCUGCUCCAGUUAGCUCUACUGUGGGCCGUGUCCUUGCUAAAGAUUUGGAUGAAGGCAUUAAUGCUGAAAUGAAAUACAGCUUUGUGGAUGGGGAUGGACUGGAUGUCUUUGAUAUUGCCACCGAGCCUAAUCGCCAAGUUGGUGUCAUCACAGUGAGAAAGCCCUUGAACUUUGAGAGUAAGAAGAGCUACACUUUAAAGGUGGAGGGUGCCAAUCCCCACUUAGAAAUGCGCUUCUUGAACCUGGGCCCCUUCCGUGACACGGCAACUGUACACAUCACCGUUGAGGAUGUGGAAGAGCCCCCACUCUUUGAGCCUAGCUUUUAUUUUGUGGAAGUCCCUGAAGAUGUGGACAUUGGGACCACCAUACAAAUGAUUUAUGCCAAGGACCCGGAUGUGACCAACAACUCCAUCAGGUAUUCCAUUGAUCGAAGCAGUGAUCCCGGACGCUUCUUUUAUGUCGACAUUGCAACAGGUGCUCUGAUGACUGCAAGACCUCUGGAUCGGGAAGACAUUUCAUGGCACAAUAUCACCGUCCUGGCCGUGGAGCUGAACAACCCCUCGCAGGUUGGCAGUGUUUCUGUCACGAUAAGAGUGCUGGAUGUGAAUGACAACGCUCCAGAAUUCUCCAGGUUCUACGAGGCUUUUGUAUGUGAAAAUGCCAAAGCCGGACAGCUGAUUCAGACAGUGAGCGCGAUUGACCAGGACGACCCACAAGAGGGACAGCACUUCUACUAUAGCUUGGCUCCCGAGGCAGCUAACAACCCCAACUUUACUCUAAGGGACAAUCAAGACAACACAGCUUGGAUUUUAACCAGGAGAUCAGGCUUCCGGCAGCAUGAACAGAAUAUCUUUUACCUUCCUAUCCUGAUAGUUGAUAAUGGACGCCCCAUGCUGAGUAGCACUGGGACGGUAACCAUCCACGUUUGCAGCUGCGAUGACAAGGGUCUUGUGAUGUCCUGCAAUGCAGAGGCCUAUGUGCUCCCUGUCAGCCUGAGUAGAGGAGCUCUUAUUGCCAUUCUAGCCUGCAUCUUUGUCUUGCUAGUGCUGGUACUGCUGAUCUUGUCCAUGAGAAGGCACAGGAAGCAGCCGUAUAUCAUUGAUGAAGACGAGAACAUCCACGAGAACAUCGUUCGGUACGAUGACGAGGGGGGUGGGGAGGAAGACACGGAGGCCUUUGACAUCGCAGCCCUGUGGAACCCGAGGGAGGCCCAAGUGGUGCUGAAGAGCAGGCAGGACAUGAUGCCGGAAAUCGAAAGCCUCUCCAGAUACGUUCCUCAAGCUUGCAGAGUGGACAGCAGCGUUCAUAGCUACGUGUUGGCCAAGCUCUACGAAGCUGACAUGGACCUCUGGGCCCCUCCCUUUGACUCUCUCCAGACGUACAUGUUUGAGGGCAACGGCUCUGUGGCCGAGUCGCUCAGUUCCUUGCAGUCUGCGUCCACGGACUCAGAGCAGAGCUACGACUAUCUGACGGACUGGGGGCCCCGCUUCAAAAAGCUGGCCGAAAUGUACGGCGCCACAGAAGGGAACGGGGCCCUUUGGUAACCAAGAGGCGAAGGCAGAGUACUACUCGGGUACUCGGUGCAGCCAUCCGAAUUUGUACUCAAUCAGAUAUUGAGGACACAGGCGAGGUGGCCUCCUACAAAUAGCAAUAUGGUGCUUGAGGGAGAAUGCAGAAGAGGAGUGGGAAUAAGUAAGAGCUCUCUCUGGAUCAGCUUUACUCAGUUACAUUAAGCUACAUUUGUAAACGGCGAGAAACAGAAAAGAAAAGGGGUGGGAUGGGAGCAUUUCCUGGGUGGUUCUUUAUUUUAAUGGCUACACUUGAAAGCUGCACUCCUGAAAUAGAAUGACACUAUUCUCUUCUGCAGAUUUUUUUUUUAAACCCAUGACAGCUUAUUAUGUUCUUUGCAUCUGGGUGCAAAGACCCGUAAUUUUCAGUUCUUGAGGAAAUUGUCUGCAGAAAGCCUUCCCCAGUGAAGGAUGCCCUCCUUUCCCAACUCAGUUUACAAAGCAGUCGCUCUCUGGCAAAUUCAAGAAGGCACAAGACAAUAGAACAAAAAAACAUGAAACUGGGGGUUUCUGUCACCAGCAAGAGCCCUUCAGCUCCCUAAAAAGGGGCCUGGCUUUUGCAAUCUUGCACAGCAGAAGAGUCUGAGCGAUGGGAUGUGGGAAGCAGUUGAAUGCACUCAACUUGAAUAACAACUGACCUGUGUGUCAUAUGCAUUAAUACUAAUAUCAAAUUAAUGUAUUUUGAGUCUCCUCGGCUUUUAAAAACUGACUCAGAAUUAAACCGGGGGAGGGGGCAGAUGCCUCUUUUUGCACUGUCGAUGUUUCUUCCAUGUGCCAAAUGUGAAAAUCAGAUACAACCAGUGAAAGCCAAAUAAAGAAAAGAAAAUUAUAUGAUAACCAUAUGGGGUUAAGAGGGGCUUUCCCAAACUAUGCGAGAUCAAACUGAGGGAAGUUUACACUGUAGGUAACCUACUUGAACAAAUGCAGUAUUAUAGAGGAAUAAAUGGAUGUAAUAAAUAUUCCAUAUAUAAGUUUUGUAUAUUUGUUAAUAAUUUUGGUAAUAAAUAUAAUGUGCUGGAUACAGUACAGUACCUUAGAACCUCUUUUAAUAAAAGUUAAACUGAAAGAAAAAAA